AGCCCGAUGGACCCCAUGGUGAUGAAGAGGCCCCAGCUGUACGGGAUGGGCAGUAACCCUCACUCACAGGCCCAGCAGAGCAGCCCGUACCCAGCGGGCUCCUAUGGACCGGGCCCCCAGCGCUACCCACUGGGCAUCCAGGGUCGGACCCCAGGGGCCAUGGGAGGAAUGCAGUACCCGCAGCAACAGAUGCCGCCUCAGUACGGACAGCAAGGUGUGAGCGGGUACUGCCCGCAGAGCCAGCAGCCCUACUACAAUCAGCAGCCGCAGCCCCACCUACCCCCGCAGGCCCAGUACCUCCCGUCCCAGCCUCAGCCCCAGCAGAGGUACCAGCCGCAGCAGGACACCUCUCAGGAAGGCUACGGAGCUCGUUCUCAACCGCCACUGGCUCCCGGGAAGCCCAACCACGAAGACUUGAACUUGAUACAACAAGAGAGACCAUCAAGUUUACCAGACCUGUCGGGCUCCAUCGACGACCUCCCCACGGGAACGGAAGCCACCUUGAGCUCUGCGGUCAGCGCCUCCGGGUCCACGAGCAGCCAGGGUGACCAGAGCAACCCAGCCCAGUCACCCUUCUCUCCACACGCGUCUCCCCACCUCUCCAGCAUCCCCGGGGGCCCCUCGCCCUCCCCCGUCGGCUCCCCCGUCGGCAGCAACCAGUCCCGGUCGGGCCCCAUCUCUCCUGCAAGUAUUCCAGGCAGUCAGAUGCCUCCUCAGCCACCCGGGAGCCAGGCAGAAUCCAGUUCCCACCCUGCCCUGAGCCAGUCGCCAAUGCCACAGGAAAGAGGCUUCAUGGCGGGCUCUCAGAGAACCCCCCAGAUGUCUCAGUACGGACCCCAGCAGACAGGCCCCUCCAUGUCACCCCACCCCUCCCCCGGAGGCCAGAUGCACCCGGGCAUGAGCGGCUUCCAGCAGAGCAACUCCAGCGGGGCCUACACACCGCAGAUGAGUCAAUAUGGACCCCAAGGUAACUACUCCAGACCCCCCACGUACAGCGGGGUCCCCAGCACCGGCUACAGCGGCCCCGGGCCCGGCAUGGGCAUCAGCGCCAACAGCCAGAUGCACGGCCCUGGGCCCGGCCAGCCAUGUGGAGCCAUGCCCCUGGGACGCAUGCCAGCGGCAGGGAUGCAGAGCCGGCCGUUCCCCGGCGGCCUGAGUAGCAUGACACCCAGUUCGCCCGGCCUGGCCCCACAGGGGACCCCAGGCAUGGGCCCCCCGAUGCCCACCAUCAACCGCAAGGCCCAGGAGGCGGCCGCCGCCGUAAUGCAGGCCGCAGCCAACUCGGCGCAAAGCAGGCCACCCUACGUUAGGUUGCCAGCUUAUCCCAGCCAGCCCGGGGCUGGCGGACGCCCCCUGUUUCCUUCCCAGCACCCCAACUAUGGCAACUCCCAGGCGUCACUGGUGCACCAGCCUGACCAGUACGGGCAAGGAAGCUUCCCCAGCAUGAACCAGAGUGGAAUGAUGGCCUCCAACUCUCCCUACAGCCAGGCCAUGAACAACAGCUCCGGCCUCCUCAACACCCAGGCGUCGUCCUACAGCAUAGCCCCUACCGUUGUCAACAGCUCCACAGCCUCUGUGGGUCUUACAGAUCUGAUGUCCCCCAGUGGUGGUGAGUCCAAGUUAUCCACGCCUCUCAAAGCCGAUGGGAAGGAAGAAGGGACCUCACAGCCGGAGAGCAAAUCCAAGGACAGCUACAGCUCUCAGGGUAUUUCUCAACCCCCAACUCCAGGGAACCUGCCUGUCCCUUCCCCAAUGUCCCCCAGCUCCGCCAGCAUCUCCUCAUUUCACGGCGACGAGAGUGACAGCAUCAGCAGCCCAGGCUGGCCCAAGACCCCCUCCAGCCCCAAGUCCAGCUCAUCCACCACGACAGGCGAGAAGAUCACCAAGGUGUACGAGCUAGGGAGCGAGCCUGAGCGGAAGCUGUGGGUGGACCGUUACCUGAGCUUCAUGGAGGAGAGGGGCUCCCCCGUGUCCAGCCUGCCUGCCGUGGGCAAGAAGCCCCUGGACCUGUUCCGUCUCUAUGUCUGCGUCAAAGAGAUCGGCGGGCUGGCGCAGGUGAAUAAGAACAAGAAGUGGCGGGAGCUGGCCACCAACCUGAACGUGGGCACGUCGAGCAGUGCGGCGAGCUCGCUCAAGAAGCAGUACAUCCAGUACCUGUUCGCCUUCGAGUGCAAGAUCGAGCGCGGGGAGGAGCCUCCGCCCGAGGUGUUCAGCACCGGAGACAGCAAGAAGCAGCCCAGGCUCCAGCCCCCCUCGCCCGCUAACUCAGGAUCCUUGCAAGGCCCGCAGACGCCCCAGUCCACUGGCAGCAAUUCCACGGCAGAGGUGCCAGGCGACCUGAAGCCACCCACCCCAGCCUCCACCCCUCACGGGCCAAUGACCCCGAUGCAGGGCGGAAGGAGCAGCGCAGUCAGUGUACACGACCCGUUCUCCGACGCCAGUGACCCGGCCUUCCCCAAGCGCAACUCCAUGACUCCAAGCGCCCCCUACCAGCAGGGCAUGAGCAUGCCAGAUGUGAUGGGCAGGAUGCCCUACGAACCCAACAAGGACCCCUUUGGGGGAAUGAGAAAAGUGCCUGCAAACAGCGAGCCCUUCAUGACGCAAGGACAGAUGGCCGCCGGCAGCAUACAGGACAUGUACAACCAAAACCCGUCAGGAGCCAUGUCUGGUCUGGGCAUGGGCCAGCGGCAGCAGUUCCCCUACGGAGCUGGCUAUGACCGGAGGCAUGAGCCGUAUGGGCAGCAGUACCCAGGCCAAGGCCCCCCCUCAGGACAGCCGCCGUACGGAGGACACCAGCCUGGCCUGUACCCGCAGCAGCCGAACUACAAGCGCCACCUGGACAGCAUGUAUGGGCCUCCGGCCAAGCGGCAUGAGGGCGACGUGCACAGCAUGCAGUACGGCGGCCAGCAGCCCGAGCUCUACGGCCAGUAUGGCGGCUCGUACCCCGGGCCAGAACGGCGGCUGCAGGGACAGUACCCUUACGCCUACCGAGAACGGCCGGCCCCCGGGCUGGGCCCGCAGAUGCUGGGGGGCCCGCUGCCCCCCUCCGCGGCCGAGGGUCCCCCGCAGGCCCUGUGGGCCGGCCGCAACGAGAUGCCUUACCCCUACCCGGGCCGCCAGGGCCCCACGGGUGCACAGGGGGCCCCCUACCCGGGCCGCCAGGACGAGCUGCUGGGCACCGAGCAGAGGCUCAACCACGACGGCCAGUGGCCCGGCCCCGGCCCCCGACAGCCCUACCUGGCCCCCGCCGCCCCCCUGCCGCGACCGGCCCAGCCCCCCUACCCCCCGGCCCCCUCGCUGCCCAACCACAGCUCCCGGGCGCCCAGCCCAGCCUCCUUCCAGCGCGCCCUGGAGAGCCGCAUGUCGCCCAGCAAGUCCCCCUUCCUGCCCACCAUGAAGAUGCAGAAGUCCCUGCCCGCCGCCCCCACCUCCCAGGGUGCCGGGCCACCCCCCCAGCCGCCCCCCAUCCGGCGCGAGAUCACCUUCCCCCCGGGUUCCGUCGAAGCCUCCCAGCCGGUCUUGAAGCCAAGGCGAAAGAUUACCUCAAAAGAUAUCGUGACUCCUGAGGCCUGGCGUGUGAUGAUGUCCCUAAAGUCAGGGCUUUUGGCGGAGAGCACCUGGGCUCUGGACACCAUCAACAUCCUCCUCUACGACGACAGCACGGUCGCCACCUUCAACCUCUCCCAGCUGUCCGGAUUCCUCGAACUGUUAGUCGAGUACUUUCGAAAAUGCCUGAUAGACAUCUUCGGGAUCCUCAUGGAAUACGAGGUGGGAGACCCCGGCCAGAAGGCGUUGGGCCCCAAGAUGGGGAAGAGGGCCGGCAGGCAGGCUGAGGAUUCCGGGCCCGAGGAGGAGGAAGAGGAGGAGGAGGAGGGCGCCAACUGUCUGGACAGUGUGGAGGAAGAGGAGGAGGAGGAUGAUGAAGAGGAGGAGGAGGAGGAAGGCGAGGGGAAGCCAGGCAGGCCACCCGCGGCCGCGGCCACGGCUGACGGGCCGGCCACUGCCCCCCGGGAGGAGACGCCGCGGCAGGCCAGCAAGUUCGACCGGCUGCCCAUCCGCAUCGUGAAGAAGAACUCGAUGUUCGUGGUGGACCGCUCGGCCAGGCUGGGCCGCGUGCAGGAGUUCAGCAGCGGCCUCCUGCACUGGCAGCUGGGGGGCGGCGACACCACCGAGCACAUCCAGACGCACUUCGAGAGCAAGCUGGAGCUGCCGGCCCGCCGGCCCCGCAGGAAGGAGCCCGCACCCCGCCGAGGGAGCCCCCCGGAGGAGCCGGAGGAGAGGAGCGUCCUGGCCACCAUCGACGACGUGCUGUGCGCCCGGCCGGGGGCCCUGCCCGAGCAGGACGGGGAGGACGGGGAGGAUGAGGACGAGGAGGAGGAGGAGCGGGAGGAGGAUGGGGCGGGCGGCCCGGGCGAGGGGGGCAAGCUCCCCCGGGGCCUCCACCAGGCCCGGGGCCACCGCCGCCGCCGCCGCCGCCGCCGCCGUGGCCGCCACCUGCGGCUGCUGGAGGACGAGCCGCACAGCCGGGACGAGACGCCGCUGUGCACGGUGGCACACUGGCAGGACUCGCUGGCCCGGCGCUGCAUCUGCGUGUCCAACAUCGUGCGCAGCCUGUCCUUCGUGCCGGGCAACGACGCCGAGAUGUCCAAGCACCCGGGCCUGGUGCUGAUCCUGGGCAAACUCAUCCUCCUCCACCACGAGCACCCGGAGCGCAAGCGGGCGCCCCAGACCUACGAGAAGGAGGCGGAGGAGGAGGACCAGGGGGUGGCCUGCCGCAGGGACGAGUGGUGGUGGGACUGCCUGGAGGUGCUGCGCGACAACACGCUGGUGACGCUGGCCAACAUCUCGGGGCAGCUGGACCUGUCGGCCUACACGGAGAGCAUCUGCCUGCCCAUCCUGGAUGGGCUGCUGCACUGGAUGGUGUGCCCGGCGGCCGAGGCCCAGGACCCCUUCCCCACCGUGGGGCCCAACUCGGUCCUGUCGCCCCAGCGGCUGGUGCUGGAGGCCCUGUGUAAGCUGAGCGUGCAGGACGGCAACGUGGACCUGAUCCUGGCCACGCCGCCCUUCAGCCGCCAGGAGAAGCUGUACGCCACGCUGGUGAGGUACGUGGGGGACCGUAAGAACCCCGUGUGCCGGGAGAUGUCCAUGGCGCUCCUGUCCAACCUGGCGCAGGGGGACACGCUGGCCGCCCGGGCCAUCGCCGUGCAGAAGGGCAGCAUCGGCAGCCUCAUCAGCUUCCUGGAGGACGGCGUGACCAUGGCCCAGUACCAGCAGAGCCAGCACAGCCUCAUGCACAUGCAGCCGCCCCCGCUGGAGCCCCCGAGCGUGGACAUGAUGUGCCGGGCGGCCAAGGCCCUGCUGGCCCUGGCCAGGGUGGACGAGAACCGCUCCGAAUUCCUCCUGCACGAGGGCCGCCUCCUGGACAUCUCCAUCUCGGCCGUGCUCAACUCGCUCGUGGCCUCGGUCAUCUGCGACGUGCUCUUCCAGAUCGGGCAGUUAUGACCCGCGGGAGGAGCGGGGCCUGCGGGCAUGGAACCCCCACGCCCACCCCCACCCCCGCCCCUCGCCCCCACCCCCCACCCGGCUGUUUUCUGUUCUAGUUUCUCCAGUGUUGGAAGAAGGCAAGGAAAAAAAAAAAUCAAUCAAUCAAUCAAUCGAUCAAUCAAUCUCUGCUCCUCUCUGCCCCGCUCACCAACUCUGCCGAUUUGGGAAUUCAAGGAAUCGUUCAUUCGGACAGUUAGGGAAUGUUUGGCGACCCGCGGUCUGUGUGUACGAGUGCCUCCUAUGGGUCACUUGUGGGUUUGGGGUUUUUCUUUUCCCCGACUGUAUCUCACGCUAGUGGUUUUUGUUUUGUUUUGUUUUUUGUCUGUUGGUUUUGUUUUUGUUUUGUUUUGUUUUGUUUUGUUUUUGCCAAAGUUACUGUCUAGUACACUCAAAGGUCACCUGUUUUGUUUUUUGUUUCUUCUCCCCCCCACACACCCCCAUGUUGUACUACAUUUAUUUUGUCAUUUUUGGGAAAUGGAUUAACUUGAAGGGGAGAAUAGAAAAAGUCGUGGCAAAAGAUGUUAAGAUUGUCACCCACAGGGAGGCAACACACACACACACACAAAAGGGGGGGGUGAAAGAAACAAUCAAUUUCCCAGACGUGUUACACUCUCAAAGCAAAACAAACAAAACCGAUUUAAAAAAAAAAAAAACUGUAUGCCAUCCCCCAAAGCUCUGUGCAAUAGAAAAUUCUAGAAAUGUAGGGUAGGGGCUCAAGGAGGUGUGUCAGUCAGUAGUCAGAUAUGAAAUGUGCUGGUCUCUCCACAGGAAAAUGGUCCUAUUAGGCUAGGAGUGGAAAAAAAAAUUUAAGACAAAUUUUGGGGGAAAAAAAAGUGGGGUUUUUUUUUUUGUUUGUUUUUUAAGUUAAGGUCGAAAAAACAUACCUGAGCAAUCAACGGAAAUCACGUCCCUCACCGUGGCCGCCAUGUCUGCUGAAUCACCUUCCACAUGGCCGUUCUUCACAAUUCCUGUCAUCAUGUUUUAAAUAUUUCUUUUUUCUUUUUUUUUUUUUUUUACUGCCUGUGGGCUGUGAUGUAUAUAGAAGUUGUACAUUAAACAUACCCUCACUUUUUUUCUUUUUUGUUUUUAUUUUUAAGUACAGAGUUCUUAGGGUUUUUUUUUGUUUUGUUUUUGUUUUUCAUGAUGUGGUAACUACGAUGUGAUGGUAGAUUGAAAUGAUUUUUUAUUUUUAUUUUAUAUAUUUUUUCAUUAGGGCCAUAUCUCAAGAAAAAAAGAAAAAAAUACAAAAAACAAAAAUGGACAAAAAAAAACUUAAAAAAAUAAUAAAAGAGGGUAAUGUACAAGUUUCUGUAUGUAUAAAGUCAUGCUCUAUUUCGAGAGAGCAGUGGAUCACACAAUUUGUUUCAUGAAUCAAGGUGUGGAAAUGGUUGCAAAUGGAUUGAUUUAGAAAAUGGUUACCAGUACAAAAAGAGAAGAAAAAAAAAAAAGAAAAAAAAAAAGGAAAAAAUACAACUCAAAGGAAGAAACACAACUUCAAAGAUUUUUCAGUGACGAGAAUCCACAUUUGUAUUUCAAGAUAAUGUAGUUUAAAAAAAAAAAAGAAAAAAAAAACUUGAUGUAAAUUCCUCCUUUUCCUCUGGCUUAAUGAAUAUCAUUUAUUCAGUAUAAAACCUUUAUAUGUUCCACAUGUUAAGAAUAAAUGUACAUUAAAUCUUGUUAA